CGGUGCGUUGAGUUGCGUUAUACGCCAUUUUGCAGUGACAGUCAGCCGUGCGCUAAAGCAGUGGAGACAGAAAGCUCAAGAAGUCCCGGUUCAGAGUGUAAAGCAUGGGGAAUGUCUUUGCGAACCUGUUUAAGGGUUUGUUUGGGAAGAAGGAGAUGAGAAUUCUCAUGGUCGGUCUUGAUGCCGCCGGUAAAACCACCAUCCUGUACAAACUCAAGCUGGGAGAAAUAGUCACCACCAUUCCCACUAUCGGUUUUAAUGUAGAGACGGUAGAGUAUAAGAAUAUCAGUUUCACGGUUUGGGAUGUCGGUGGCCAGGACAAAAUCAGACCACUUUGGAGGCACUACUUCCAGAACACUCAAGGUCUGAUCUUCGUAGUGGAUAGUAAUGACAGGGAACGAGUUAAUGAAGCCAGGGAGGAGUUGACGAGAAUGUUAUCAGAAGACGAGUUGCGUGACGCUGUGCUUCUCGUUUUUGCAAACAAACAGGACCUUCCCAAUGCCAUGAACGCAGCUGAGAUUACAGAUAAACUGGGCCUUCACGCCCUUCGUCAUCGUAACUGGUACAUCCAGGCCACCUGCGCCACCAGCGGAGACGGGCUCUACGAGGGGCUGGACUGGCUCUCCAAUCAGCUGAAAAAUCAGAAAUGAGCUCUUCUACAGCCUCCAAAUAUGUGUGUGUGUGUUGUUGUACGAAUGGGUAGGUGUGCGUGAUUUGUGCGCGUGUUUGAGAGCGAGCGAGACACACACACAGCUAAAGUACUGACCCAGACUUUGGCUGAACUCAGUAUCCCAUGUUCCCCUCUUUCGUUUAGGUUUGGGCAUUGCUGAUUCAGACUGUGUUUGUGUGUGUGCGUGUGUGCAUAGUUUAUCUUUAUUAUGCACGUUAGCAAGAAUGUAUCGUUUCUGUGUGUUCAUGUGUGUAUGAAGGCUUCUCUGUCUGUUUGCUUGGUUUGGGAAUGACCCUGGCGUGCCUUUUAUACACACACAUCUCCUCUUAUCGUUCCACCUCACAAACUGUAAUACGACUCGUUGUUUUUGCUCCAUACUGCACCACGCAUGGUUUUCACAUGGCGAAGAAAGAACCAAGGUUGUCAUAAUGCACCUGCAAUAACCUAGUAUUCCAGUAUUACUGGCCUGCUGAAUAUACAACCCGUACACUUUGGAUAUAGCGUUUUAAAUUGAGAUUAAAAACCUGCCCUGUACCUUUAGGAAAAACUGUGGUGUAACCUGUAUCAGGUCAGGAUCGAUUCGCUCAGAUUUCCCCCACCACCGCAUCCUUGAUUGUUCUUUUCAGUCAUUUGAAAAUCAGGCUGCUUUAUUUUCGGCUCUUUAGCUCCAUGUUUUAAUUAGUGAAUGUGUCCGAAUGUGGGUAGUGGAGUCGUGGGCAGAUCUCUGGUUUCCUGCUGUACACUACCUGUUUCCAGCCGCCACACAGACCCCAAGCACAAUCACAGACUGCUGAACAUUCCCCCACCACCAAAUUGUUGGAUUUGAUUUGAAUUAAAAACAUCAUAUAUUACAAGUUU